AAUUUGCUUGACCUGAGGAUCCAACCUGGUCCUAACUGACUUAGAAAAUAGUAAAGGGUUGAACUGUGUGCCUCCUCUUCGUGUUUAAUAGCCGCCUGCCAUCAACACAGGGCACCAACGCGCUCUCCUUGUUACACUGCAGUAGUCACAAUCUGCUGUUCCAGCUAUUCAGAACUGUGCACAACGAUUAACGACAGAAUGUUUUACCAAGACGGAAACCAGAUUACCGUGAUUUUCAUUGUUACUUUAAUACAUGGCGUUCAAUUGGUUCUAUUAUCACCUUAACUAUGUUCCUCUAACACAACAGAACACGGUGCGACGUUAAACUUGCUCCGAACCCUCUCCGUCGUUUAUGAAGAUGUGGAUCGCAGUGGAGGCAUAGCCACGACAGAAAGUCUUCUUGAGAUCUCGCGUGUGUGUGUCUCGCACGCCACCCGUCAAGGCGUCGACUGUCAGUGAACGAAUGAGCAAAUAGACCUGGCUAGUGAAGAGGAAUUGGGUGUGACCACUCAAACCGUUUUCUGCUCAUCGAUCGAACGGGUUAAUCGCGUCCGCAAUGGCCGUACUGAGACAAAUUUAAAAUCAUCCGUGAAGUUCACCUGGAGUUAGCACAGAAUCCUUGGCUCUCUGCAACGUAAACACGAGCUUGCAUGCGCGGACACUUCGGACUCUUGUUUACGCGUGCAACUGUUCUGCGGCGUAAGUUGCCGGUUUCUGACGACGAUCAACUGGCGUAUGCUUGAAACUGGAUAUGUGGGUUCUCUUUCCCCAGAGUGGCUCGGCCGUCUCCUUUCGGACUCUCGAAUGGAUCCCUUCUAGCUGAGAUCAACAUGCUGUGGCUUCGAGACUUCUUUGUCAGCUUCCUUUUCUUGGCAGUUGCCCCGAAGCUGGCAGAAGCAGAUGGGCAAAUUUCGUCUUGGAACGCAAAAGUCCACGCGGCGACCGAGGUGGAUCCUCCGACAAGUCCCGCCAGCCCGUCAGACCCAGAGGCAGUGUCUACAGAGAAAUCCAGAUCCUCUCAGAUUUCAGAGAAGUCUCUAGAUGUGCCUGAGGAAGAACCGAAAGCAGCCCGGGGGCAGUCUGCAGCUCGAGAUGCAUUUUUGUUCCCUGGCGAGUCGGCGGAUCUGAGUUUCGCUAGUGGGAGUCUCUCUUACAUUGAGUGCGAGGAAGCCAGCGGUGCCGGGCACAUUCCACAGUCUGCAGAUCCUUCCACCCUCCCACUUUCCUCCCCCCCAUCGACGCCGUCUUUUCUGUCUUUCCACCAACCAAACAGCUCUCGCGAAACUCGGCUGUCUCUGCCGGUUUUCCCGCCUCGGCUCGCGUGCGCCACCAAGAAAGUGCCUUCUGCCGAGGUCGGCAAAGAGGUCCUCAGUGCUGCGGCGGCUUGCUCAGCUGCGUUCGCCGCCCGUCGCGCCAGUGACUGGGAGAAGGUCGAAGCGUUCAACAAGAAACUGGCGGGUCUGGGACUUGCCGAAGGACCGCAGCGCCUAGCGCCACUCACACACGCCGUCCCGACGGGUGUGGGCGCCCCUGUGACGAGGCGAUCGAGCUUCCUGUACUGGGCAAAAAGCUGCCUUUUCCCGGGAGUUGGCGGGGACGUCUGUUUCGCCGCUGUCUGGUGCACAGACGGCAUUCGGACUGCGUCGGAACUGGCGAUCGACACAACUGGGGACAUCCGCCUGUUGAUAGGUGAACGCGUGGUGCUGCUCGCGGGCGUCACGGGAGUCUUCAGCCGGUGCGAGGAGGGGGGUUUGUGCCAGAAGGCGAAGUUUGUCGGACAAGUCGAGAAAACGGCUGGCGGGGACCCUGACGAUUCGCGCGCUGCCUGCGCCCCUCGGUUUAUUCGAUGGGAGCUGCGCCCGUUUGGACUGUCUAUUCCGAACUUGCGGGGGUACCCCAAGUCCCUGUUCGAUUUAAGAUGCACCAGUGUGAAAAGACACAUCGACUAGAACGGGGUGCUGCGGAAACUACGCAACUGUGCAGAUUGCUGUCGAAGCCUGGCUUAAUGCCGCGAUCUAGGGUGUAGCGACUUGCUUCGACCGCAGCCCAAUCUCUCUCUAUGCACGCUUCCACUUUUCUGAAAAACAGAGAGAGGAGUUACGCGUGGAGGUUGGUGCUUCCUGUUCGAUCUGGUGUCGGGCUCCCGUGUGUCUGAAGCCCAACAAACGGCGCCAGUUUCGUGGUUUUUGCGCACUGGAAAACGCUGAAAAAACGAUUCGGAAACACUCUUGAAGUUCGGCAUCACACGCCACCGAAGCAACCGCGCCAACAACUUGCACUCUGCAUUUCCUGGGUCGAACCCAUGGACUUCACUGUUCAAUUUGCGCCCGUAGCCUUCGCUCGUUCCACGCAACGUUACUCUGCACACUCGCCUGUCUCCGACUCGGUUCCACCUUUCCACCUCUGCUUCCCCCGGAAAACCUUGACGCUGCGCGCGCCUGCCUCGCGGCUUGCACUGUUUGCGGAGAAGUACAGAUAUCAACUGCUUCUGUUAGAGACGUCUUCAAAUGAAAACUGGAACAAGUUGCUUUCCAUGAAAAAACACACAACGCGGGGACGGCCCCAAAAGAUCUCUGCUGAAUCCGAGACUAAACGUCGCCUUCCCCCAGCCUUUGAUUGUCACGAUCGGAGUGCCUACGACGGAGGAAACACCCUCCCCGUCUUCCACGCAAAAAAAACGCUCACACGGCCUAAAACCUC